AUGUCGCUGUUGCCAUCGCUGGUGAUUUGCGCGAUUACGGUAUGCGUUGUGGUCGGUCAGUUGGUCAGAGGUCAGCAGGCGAAUGACCAACCGGCAUUAAACUCAGCAACCGGCCCCGAAACGGAACCGUCGCCCAAGCCGACCUGCGUGUCGGACGUAGACAUCGUUAAUUGGCUAGUAGAUAUGCGCCAAAGUGGCUACAACCGCCACCGAAUUCCAAAGCCAAACGACAUGCGCGUGAAAAUCAAUAUGCAGAUUCAGGCGAUCACGUCGAUCUCGGAGGCGACUCAGGAUUUCGAGGUGGACUUAUACCUGAACGAACUCUGGCACGACCCGGGUCUUCGCUACGACCACCUGGGCGCCUGCAAACCGAACAUAUCGCUCGACCACACGGUUUUGGACAAGAUCUGGACACCAAACACGUGUUUCAUCAACUCCAAGGAGUCGUCCGUCCACGCUUCGCCGUUCAAGAACAUCUUUCUGCUGAUUUACAACAAUGGCACGGUGUGGACGAACUACCGUAUCAAACUGACCGGCCCGUGCCAGAUGGAGUUUCAUUGGUUCCCGAUGGACAGCUUCACCUACAGUAUUAACGAAAUGCGCAUGGUCUGGGACCCCGUGGAACCCGUUUCUUUCUAUUCGUCUGUCCAUCUGCCGGAUUUCACCGUCGUUCAAACCCUGGCCACGCUGUAUGCGGCCGGCUACUGGGACGAGAUGACUUUAACAUUUGUAUUCCAGCGUCGCUACGGAUGGUACAUCUUCCAGGGAUAUAUUCCGACGUAUCUCAUCAUUGCCAUCUCGUGGCUUUCCUUCCACAUAGGUACACUGUCUCUGCCUUCUCGAACCAUGCUAGGCGUUAAUUCUCUGAUGGCUAUGACUUUCCAAUUUGGAAACAUCAUCAACCACCUGCCGCGAGUGUCUCACAUUAAAGCGAUUGACGUAUGGAUUGGAAUGACGUUCAUCGUGUGCUCCCUUUUGGAACUGGCCAUUGUAGACUAUUUAUCUCAGGUAAGGAACCGGAAGAAACUCAGGAAAAGAAAAAUACCGCAGUCGGGAACGUACCGCGACUUUGCCAAAAUUCAGUAUCUGAACUUGAGCACAACAGUGCACAAAAGUGGCUUCCGGUCACUGCUAAAAAUGCGGACCACCGCGUGGACGCCGGAGGAAGUGGACAGAAUUUCGGCCAUCUUGUUUCCGACAACCUUUCUCAUCUUUAACCUGUUUUACUGGGGAUAUUACAUAGGAUUUUCGCGAAUAAAAGAUAUCGAAUACUCUAUAGACAAACAAUAG